UCAAACCCUUCUGACCAUCCAAGGGCAAGCACAAUUUUCCUGAGCAAGUCUCAAACUGAUGGUAUCUCCAGGGCAGCUUACUAAAAAGUAUAGCUCAUGCUCAACCAUAUUUCUAGAUGACAGCACAGUCAGCCAGCCUAACCUUAGAGCCACAAUAAAAUGUGUGACCUUAGCAAUAUAUUACCACAUAAAGAACAGAGAUGCAAAUAGAUCCUUGGAUAUUUUUGAUGAGAGAUCACAUCCACUCACACGAGAACAGGUUCCAGAGGAAUACUUUAGGCAUGAUCCUGAACACAAAUUCAUUUACAGAUUUGUUCGGACUCUUUUCAGCGCCGCUCAGCUAACAGCUGAAUGUGCAAUAGUAACUUUGGUUUACUUAGAAAGGCUUUUAACUUAUGCUGAGAUCGACAUUUGUCCCACUAACUGGAAAAGAAUUGUUUUGGGAGCCAUUCUUCUUGCCUCCAAGGUUUGGGAUGAUCAGGCUGUGUGGAAUGUGGAUUACUGCCAGAUCCUCAAGGACAUUACAGUUGAGGACAUGAAUGAGAUGGAAAGACAUUUUCUGGAACUACUUCAGUUUAAUAUCAAUGUUCCUGCCAGUGUUUAUGCCAAAUACUACUUUGACCUACGCUCCCUAGCAGAUGACAACAACCUGAAUUUUCUGUUUGCUCCUCUUAGCAAAGAAAGAGCGCAAAACCUAGAGGCCAUUUCCAGAUUGUGUGAAGACAAAUACAAAGACUUAUGUAAAGCUGCCAUGAGAAGAUCUUUCAGUGCUGAUAAUUUCAUUGGUAUUCGGCGUUCUAAUGCCAUCCUCUCUUAAGGGAGAAUUGUGAGUGAUGAGAACGUCAUGAACUCCUCACCUGCUAAAAGACUGGAGAAUAUCACCUCUCCUGCUCAGAAACCAGCAAAGUUAGUAUUUUCGCCCAAAAGAAAGACGUGGAAUUCAAGAAACUCACGAACAGCAAGAUCACACUCACAGGAAAGAAUGGGACCUUAUCAGUGCAACACACUCUUCUGUCCUUUUUAAUGUAAACAGAGUUACAAAACCACUCCAAAGCAAAAGCUCCUAACCCACAUAUGUAUAAUUUGCGUACCUUGUUAGGCCAAUAGCUAUGACGCUAUGUGAGGUUUUUUAAUGGUUUAAAUUUUUAGAUUUUAAAGACACUAACUAUGUAACUUUUGUUUUUCAUAUAUUUCUUGGUCCUCUGCCCCCCAUAUUGCUGCAUGUGCCUUUAGAUCCAAAGCAGUGUUACCAUCAGUAAGACCUAGUACUCUGAACUCAAUAGGAACAGACUCUCGCCAAUAGAUUUUGGAGGGUUCUUGUCCCUUCUUUGUCAUUGAAGCUGCUAGUCAUUAUUGGCUGUCAACUUAAGCCAAAAAGCUGCUGUUGUAGCUUGUUAGCAUGUUUGGGAUCAUAAACACAGAAAGUACCUGUCAUUGUCUACUUCUGUUGGGUCCAUGCUGCGUUUCUUGUACUAUAAUGGUGCUUCUCAUUUUCUGAUGGUUUUCCUCUUUUAAAAAAAUGUGUAGGAUAUUUUCAUAAUUACAACCAACAUGGUGGUCCAGUAAUAAUGAUCAGGGAGUGAAACAGAAGGGUGUCCCCGAAGCGUAAGUGCUAUUUUAAGCUUUAAUAAGAGUAUUAGUGGGCCCUCUUGCAUAAUGCUGAAGUAUAAAUGCCGCAGAUGUAGAAAACAGGAUUUUUAAGUUUAAAUUUCUUUUAACCUUAUCUAGGUUUGUUAAUUUUAAAAAUAUUGAGCUUUUAAUUCUAAUUUUUUGUGUCAGCCACUCUUGAAAUUGGCAAACACUGACUGAAACAAAAGAUUAAAAUUAUAAGCUCAAUAUUUUAGAUGUAUAGACCUACAUAGGGUUAAAAGAAAUUUAAUUAAGCUUCUUUCUGAAUGAUGUUUUCUACAUUGGUGAUAUUCACACUUCUCCAAGGAGCAAAGUUUAAGAUUGCACUGAUACUUUUGGGAUGUCUUACAUCUCCAUAGAUAUGCUGCUUCCUCUUUUUAAAAUGGGUCUUGCAGGGUUGUGCUCUUUACCUGCUCUGAUCAUUUGUUUCUUUUUUCUAGAUUUGGUAAAGAAAGAUUCUGAAAAGAAGUUUUAAUUUACAUGUAGUAAAUUGAAAGGAAUUGGACCCUAGUAGCGAUAUGAAAGUAAGUGAUGUGAAACAGCUUUUCUGUCCUACACCUUAACCCGGCUGUAGGUGGCCGUUUCCAGUCCUGCAAUUUAAGAGGAAACACAGAAAGCAUAGAAACACUUCCCUCUAGCUUUAGCGUGCAGAGUUAAGGAAUCAGUCUUUCAGGAGACGGUCAAGAUUAUUAGCAAACCUUGAAAUAUUUUUAAAAAAUCAGUAUUCUCAACUAUGAAAUUCAAAUGUAAUACUAGGGAUUUUGCUUGUAAACAAAGCAUUUUUGGGCCAGGAAUACUUUCUCAAUACAGCAAGGCUUCACAUAUUAAGUGCUGAAGUUUCCAUUAUUUUUAAAAGACAGACACAAACGAUAAUGGUAUAGAAAAUGAUUACAAUCUACCACCUCAGAAAACAUUUUUUGGAGUUUGGAGCUUGGAGAUUCAAGUAUUGAUUGCAGCUUUACUUUGAAAAGGAUACUACAACUUGUGUGGUUUUUCUUUCUCGUUUAUAUUAAAAGAAAAGUUAAUAAACUCUAUUUUUAAUUACAAUAUGGCUAGUGUCUAACACUUCUCGGGUCACACAGGGUACUUCUCUGACUAACUUCAGUGGUAUCAUUCAGUUCUGUUAGUGGAGUCUUGAGCAUUUUCAGAGAGACUACUCAUGAGUUGUUUUGACCCUUGCCUCGAGUUAAGAUGUAGUUAUUUCUUUGGCUUUUGUUCUUUUCAACUUGAAGGAGUUUAUUACUUUAAAAUCACCCUGGCCGCACAGUACUCAGCGGCAUGGUACUUUAAGUGGCAUCUUUGAAUACUUCCUGCUCUGCCAACAGUGAAAAACAUCUUGAAGACAAAAUUAAGUUUAGCAAUGAGAAAGGAAUUAUAGGCAGACUGUAGAAUUGGUAUUAGCUGAAGAUUUCAAGCAGUUAAACAGAUACAAAAUGGACCUAGAAUUGUGCUUACAGAAUACAGGACUUUAACAAGCCACAUAAUUUGACUUUAAAAUCCUUUUUGCCUAACUUAACAUUUCAGUUAGAAAUAAACCAAGUUGCUACACGGUUUUUAAACCUAAGACCCUAGGCACCAGCUCAAGCAAUACUCAGAAGAUCCUAGCAGUGUUGCAGUAUUUUCAUCCACUUUAUUUAACUAUCUACAGUCAAAUGUCAUUACUUUGUUCUGAUUAGAAUAAGUGGUUUAACUAGAAGGAAAAAAAAAUCGUAGAUCAUUUGUUUUCAGAAUAGUUUCACCCUAUCAUAUACCAGUACAUGCUGACAAAUAGUCAAAAGAUUUUUUUUUUUUAAUUUGGGAUGGGGGGGGCGUGCAUGAUUGGUUUCAAGAACAAACUGGUAGAACAAUUGGCGCUUUAACUCUAGAAGGUAAUAGAAUCCAUCUUAAUGGGAAAUUGAAUCAAAUUCAGGUUAGAGUAUGUGUCACUAAAAGCGAAUAGGUUGACAAAUGUGAGGUUGGAAACUAAUCACUUCUAGGGUGAGAAGGCUUUUUAUAGGUACAAAAUCCUUUUGUUCCCCAAAAGGAUGAAGAUCAUAUAGGAUCAUCUGACUAACUCAGUCUGACUUCAUUAUUUUUUUACCACUGGAAUGCAGACCUUAAUAAAAUUUUAACUGGUAUAGCCUGCGAUCGAACGCUCUACCCAUAAAUAUGUCCUCUAAGUCUACAACAAAGUAAAUGUAACUUUUUUAUUUUAAGAUUUAUUCAUGCUUACAGAACUGGGGU